UUGAGCAAAGGUUAGCAAAUUCCGAUUAUCAUUGUACAAAGGUGGUCAGUUUAAAAGAAAGGAUUUGGUCAUUUGGUAAUCAGAACGUUUAUUGGCGUGAUACGAUGUACGAGUUGUGUUAUUUAAUUACAAAAAUGUUCGCGAUUUUCGCACUUCUGUUUUCAAUAGUCUUCGCAUCUGACAAGAGCUUGAACAGAACAGAUUUGAAAUGUACGGGAUUUGCUAUUCAUAACGUAUCUCUUACCGCAUAUUAUCCUGUAUUCGAGACAGAUGAUACACGUGAUUAUCUAGAUGAUCAAGGAGAUGAAUUGAAGACUCUUCAGGAUUAUCUUGAUGGUCGUGCUCAUUACGUUACUGUCGCUGGUAAUUUAAAAUCUGGUAUUCCGUAUAGAACGAAGAUAUGCAUAGAAAAAUUGAAUGAGUAUUUCGGGAAACAAAUUCCCCUGCAGAUAAGAGACCAGAAUGAUUACAAAAAUGAUAAACUAAUCGAUUUCUCGAGAUUGGAAAUUUGUGUCAGGACUGAGGAGGAUACUUACGAUAAUCACCUCAACGAUUUUGUUACUAUCUAUAUAUUAUAAUUACAUGGA